CAACAUCAACACCAGGAUUCAACAUACAAUAGUACUACUACUACUACUAGGCGUUCCCACGAACGAUAUUUGGCCUUCGGUAUUACUUUGCAUUAUACUUUACAGCCUACGAAGCUUCCAGAAAUUCCGCUUUCCACUAUGCAGGACCUGCCGGCGGAUUGUCUCUACUUGAUCUGCGAGGAGCUUGCAGCCAAACGAGACUUCAGUACGCUCUUUGCAUGUGCCGUGUCAAGCAAGUCUCUUGUUAAGCCUGCGCUGCUGCGGAUGUACCGGGUCCACGAUGAAAGCCCCAUCAGAAGUAGUGGCGAAGGCAACGAAACCGACUUCGAAAAAAAUAGCACAUCCAACGACCAAACGUUCGAAGAAAAAUUAGCUGCUGUCAAGAAGAUAACCUCUAAAUGGGCUCUACAAUGGAAGUCAAUCAUACGAUCCAGCAUGGGACAUACUCUAUAUCCGUAUUGCCUUUACAUUCGUUCCCUCGAUCUUCGAAACCUUGCAGAGCUCCUUGAGUCCCUUGACGACCCUUUGUUCCGAGAACUCUCGCAAAUAUUCUUUGCCGACGACAUGGCCCAGUUCCUGAGGACUCUAGAUACGCCGAUGAAGCAAAAGAUUCGAAGUGCAAAGGCAUCAUACGAGAAGCUGGAUGUCCCUGUUAUUCUGGACCUUGUUGGAGAGUCAAUUACCAGUUUUGUCAGCACAGCAGCCACCCAGAACAAGGCCACGGUUGCUCUUGAGGACAUCUCAGGCGAUAUUAGUGGUUUGGCUUUGCCCCGGUGGGUUGGUCGUAUCUCCAGGCUCAAAGGAAUGACUUUGUGGGAUGGAGCAGCCCUCAGUGAGGGCGUGGCUACUUCGAUUGCCAACAACUGCCCCAAAUUUGACGACCUUACUUUCUACGGCAGCCUCAAGCCAGACAUAGACCAAGACUUGGCCUCUUUCUUUAGUGGACUGAAGAAAGAUAGUCUGCGAUCGUUUACCGCUUUGAGCGCAGGCGCCGUUGGUCGCGAAACACUUCUUUCACUGAACCAUCACAAGUCCUCGUUGAAGAGGUUGGAACUGGACGGCCUGAGAUCGAAGGCGAUUGAGAAGCUGUUUUUGCUUCAAGAAUGCGUUGCCCUUGAAACUCUCGAAAUACAUUCCGAUAGUUCAGUCAACCUCGAGGCAACAGAAAACGAUAUCUUCCCAGAGAUCAUCGCGUGGUUAGGCCGUUGUGAAAGACUCCGGGAUCUUCUCUUAAGAAACUUGGCAAGUGGUCCAGCAAUUCUCACGCAAGUAUGCUUGCGGAACAACAUCCGCCUUCAAACACUGCAGGUGGUUGGGUACUCUGUUGUCGGAAAUCAAGACUUUCACAGGGCAUUGUCCCACCAGACGAGUCUUGAGUCACUCUCUCUUGAAGCAGACCCAGAAGGUGCCUUCCGAGACGAUAUCGACGUGUUGAUAUCUUCCAUCUCCCAAUUGACCAAAUUGCGAGAUCUCAACCUAUUCUCCACUUCCGAUUACUUCCGGACAUCCGAGAUUCUGAAUCUCUCUUCCGUUCUGACAAACCUGGAGGAUCUGUCAUUUGGAGGCUACGAUGUUACGGAUAACCUCUGGCGUGGAAUGUCAAAUCUUCAUCAGCUCCGCAAGCUCGACAUAUCAGCCAUGACCUCGUUCUCAUUCGAUGGGAUUUUGGAUUACAUUUCAACUCUGAAGGACUCCAAUCGCGGUCUGACAUUGUCAGUUAUGAACCAGAAAGCUGAGAACCCGCUUAGUGACCGCGAGGAAUCUGACAUCAAGCAGAGAAUUAGGGAUAAGGUGGAUGGCAAGUUUGACUUUAUGUUGUUCAGAGAGGCAGAUUCCGAAUCUGAAUCGUUCUCGGACUGAUUGUUGGAGAGGAAGCUUGUUUGUGGAUAAUUGUAAUGGUUCAUGUUAAAUAGAUUGGGAAACUUGCACCGCAUGGAUGAAUGAACUCCCUUAAACUGGGGUAAUUAAUUUGUCAAGUACCGUUGGGUGAUAGAUGUCGGGAGUAGGCACCGCCCUUCUAUGAAUAAUAAUAUAGCUUCACGACGG